ACGCGCACCCCGUCCCUUCUGGUACCGCACCUCUCGGAGCGACAAUGGACCUCCUCAGGCCGCUCGCGCUCGCGGCGCUGUGCGUCGUACUGCUCGCCGCCGUCGCCGGCGCCGCGGCGACGGCCACGGAUGUGGAGGCCCAGUCCUCCUACAUCGUGCACGUCGCGGAAGCGCACGCGCCGCGGCUGCCACGCCGCGGCCUGCUGACAACCCGCGGGUACGGCUCGUUCCUGCGGGACCGCAUCCCCGUCGAGAUGUCCAGCCCGGCGCCGAGCGUGCUCUACUCCUACGAGCACGCCGCCACGGGCUUCGCGGCGCGGCUCACGGAGCGCCAGGCCGCGCAGCUGGCGUCGUCGGGCUCGGUGCACGCCGUCGUGCCCGACACGAUGCAGGAGCUGCACACCACCCUCACCCCGUCCUUCCUCGGCCUCUCGCCGUCCUCCGGGCUGCUCAAGGCAUCCAACGGGGCCACGGACGUCGUCAUCGGGGUCAUCGACACCGGCGUCUACCCGGAAGGCCGCCCGUCCUUCGCCGCCGACCCGUCGCUGCCGCCCCCACCGAGCAAGUUCCGCGGCGGGUGCGUCUCGGGUCCGUCGUUCAACGGCUCCGCGCUCUGCAACAACAAGCUCGUCGGCGCCAAGUUCUUCCAGCGGGGGCAGGAGGCUCUACGCGGCCGUGCGCUCGGCGCGGACUCCAAGUCGCCGCUAGACUCCAACGGCCAUGGCACCCACACCUCCUCCACCGCCGGUGGCUCUGCUGUCGCGGGCGCCGGCUUCUUCGACUAUGCCAGAGGAAAAGCCGUCGGCAUGGCCCCGGGCGCGCGCAUUGCCGUCUAUAAAGCGUGCGGGGAGGAAGGGUGCGCGAGCUCUGACAUCCUCGCCGCGUUUGAUGAGGCCAUCGCGGACAAUGUCGACGUUCUCUCUGUCUCCCUCGGCGCCGUCGGCACGGCCCCGAACUUUUAUAGCGAUAACACCGCCGUGGGCGCGUUCCGCGCCGUCAGCAAGGGCAUCGUCGUCUCCGCCUCCGCGGGAAACUCCGGCCCCGGAGAUUCCACCGCAUGCAACAUAGCGCCAUGGUUCUUGACGGUCGGCGCGUCCACACUCAACCGCCAAUUCCCAGGCGAUGUCGUUCUCGGCAACGGCCAGACCUUCACGGGCACUACUCUCUAUGCCGGCGAGCCGCUCGGCGCGACCAAGAUACCGCUGGUCUACGGAGGGGACGCGGGCUCCAAAGUGUGCGAGGAGGGAAAGCUGAACGCUACCAAGGUCGCGGGGAAGAUUGUUCUAUGUGAAUCGGGUGUAAAUGCCCGAGCAGCGAAACCAUAUGCCGUCAAGCUCGCCGGUGGCGCCGGAGCGAUCCUCGCGAGCACAAAAUCAUUCGGCGAGCAGUCCAUCACCAGCCCGCAUGUCCACCCCGCCACGGCUGUGUCAUUUGUCGACGCCGAGAAGAUCUUCAAGUACAUACGCGCGCAAACAUCCCCUACCGCGACGAUCGUCUUCCGCGGCACCGUGGUCGGCCCGACGCCUCCAUCCCCUAGAAUGGCGUCCUUCUCGAGCCGCGGGCCAAACUUCCGCGCGCCGGAGAUCUUCAAGCCGGACGUGACCGCGCCCGGCGUGGACAUCCUCGCCGCUUGGACAGGCGCCAACUCACCCACGGAGCUCGAGAGCGACACGAGGCGGGUGAAGUACAACAUCAUAUCGGGCACGUCCAUGUCAUGCCCACACGUGAGCGGCAUCGCCGCGCUGCUCCGGCAGGCGAGGCCAGAGUGGAGCCCGGCGGCCAUCAAGUCCGCGCUGAUGACCACCGCGUACAACGUGGACAGCUCCGGCGGCGUGAUCGGUGACAUGUCCACCAGCGACGCGUCCACGCCGUUCGCGCGAGGGGCCGGGCACAUCGACCCCAACAGCGCCGUGAACCCAGGCCUCGUCUACGACGCCGGCACGGAGGACUACAUCAACUUCCUGUGCGCGCUGGGCUACACCGCCAAGCAGGUCGCCGUCUUCGGCUCGUCCAUCAGCUGUUCGAAGCGCGCGGGCUCCUCGGUCGGCGACCACAACUACCCCGCCUUCUCGGUGGUGUUCGCCUCGAACAAAGUGGCGGUCGUCACGCAGCGCCGUGUCGUGCGCAACGUCGGCAGCGACGCCGCGGCUGCGUACACGGCGAAGAUCACCGCCCCGGACGGCGUUCGCGUCACGGUGAGCCCCGAGACGCUGCAGUUCAGCCCGACGGAGAAAACACAGGAGUACGUGCUCACCUUUGCGCAACGAACCACCAGUAGCGUCACGGAGAAGUACACGUUCGGGUCGAUCGAGUGGAGCGACGGCGAGCACUCGGUGACGAGCCCUAUCGCCGUCACUUGGCCGACGAGCAAGGUUGCAGAGAUGUGAAUGUGAUCGCCGUUGGGUGUGUACUAGUACAUAGUACGUGCGAUUAUGCGAGAAUUUAUCUCAUUUGCUGUAAGUUUCACUUCCUGUGGUUGAAUCAAUUAAUCAAGAUUCUUACUUUUUGAUUUCAAAA